AUGGAUCCAGCGAUCCCGCGGCCCAUCUUCGGUAUUACAAUCGGCAUGUUGGCACGAUGGGAUCAAGAUGACACAGUCCUCUGCAGAUAUUUUCCUUCAAGUUUGAAAGGAUUGACCCUAUCCUGGUUCGAUAACCUUCCACCCAACUCCAUCGACUCUUACGAUCAGCUUACUGAGAAGUUUUUAGGAACAUAUAUGUACAACAAGGCUGUUGACGCAGGGAUGGACAAGUUAUUCUCGUUGGCGAUCGCCUACAAAGAAACAACCAGGGAAUAUACUGACAGAUGGCACAAGAUUUUCCAGGAAAUAGGGAACGUAGAUCCAGUGGUCAGCAUUAACUGCUACAAGUGGGGAUUGGAUAGGAUGAGCCCGCUAUUUGUCGAGAUUCAUGGAAGUGUACCCACGACCGAAAGAGACCUUCGAGUAAUCAUCGAAAAGCACGCCAGGCUAGAAGAGAUCCAGCGGGAAAACCUCAGAGCCCAGGCUCAAAGAUCUCAUCGAACACAUUCGGUAGAACAAGCCAGCGGGUCAAAAAGGAGCGGUUCAACUGAGCACCCUAACGAAGACAGGAAAGGACGAACAAACGAUCGUCGACGUGAUGACCGGAAGUUCGAAGUCCAAGUUUACACGAAGCUGAACACCAACUACACUCGCAUCCUAAGGGAAAUCAAGGAUCGGGAAAACCUGGAAUGGCCAUGGUCCAAAGGAAAACAGCCGACAAGGACCGAGAAGUCAAGGGAUUACUGUGAGUACCACUGUUUCAAUGGGCAUCAAACCGAGAAAUGCAAGAAUCUCAAGAUAAUGAUCCAGAAGCGAUCGACGCUGGUGACCUCAAGCAAUACAUAUAGAAGGCAGAAACUGAAGAGAGGACUAAGUGAAGCAAGCAAGUCCAACUCCCCGAAGGAAAUCGAAGCAUCAAAACCAUCUCAUGUUCCGAAGCUACUGGACUAUCGUUGA